UCAUUGCUGGGAGCCAGAACUCAUGGAUUCUGUAAGGGUGCCUAUUCAAGAUCACUUAAGGCAGGUUAGUUCUCCGCAACACCUUAUUUCAAGUACAAAUCCCCAGGGAUCAGCUUUUUUUAUUGUUCAUUAAACUAUGCAAAGGAGAGCAUUGUAACAUCAUAUCUGGACCCAAAUUCUUUACAUUUCUGUCAGCUACUGGAAUGUUAUGUGCCUGAGCUGAACUGAACCCAAUUAGAGAACAAGUCAAUAAUACAAAAUUGCCAGUGAUUUUAAAUUACAGUAAAAGGAAGGAUUUAAUUAAAUUAUAAUUAAGUAGGAUUCAGUAAUCUGAUACAUAGUAGGAAGUUAUGAACAUUAGGCAGCAGUAUGAGCUAUAGAAUGUUGUGAUAAAGUAAUAGUAAGCAAGUAGUAUGGGGGCUUGUUUUAAGAUAGGUAUGAAUGAGCAUUAGUGUUGACUGCAGUACAUAUUUAAAAGAUAAAGCUGUAUGUUUACGUAUAGAUAGACUUUUUCAUGUACAACUGUGUAUUAUUAGUGUGAUACAUGGCUGUAAUGGUUAUUAUGUUGUUCUAUCUAUCAAGUGCUUUUUAUAUGGAUUAUGUAUUUAUAGAAAUAAUUAUAAGAAGGAAAUAAAACAAGUUAUCCUUAACGUCUUUCCCCCUCUACUUGUAGUCAGUCAGGAUAAAUGGGUUAAUGUCUUCCACAAUGUACAACUGAUGUGGGAGUACACUCCUUAGCUACUUGGAUUUUUGGAACCUGAGCAGUAGUAGUUAUUCUGAAUUAAUUAACAGAAUGCAUAAGCAUGUGGUCUUGUUAUGCAGCCAAGGUGGGAAAGUGGAAUCCGUGAUGCUUGGUCUUUUGGGUUCUCUAGCAGGGGACACUUGCUUCCAAGAGGGAAGACAUGGCUUACUGGUAACUUCCUUCUGUCUUUUCUGCUACCUCAAGCAAGAUCACUUCACAACUGGCAGCAUCGCAGUAGCAAUUAAGCUUUCACCUAAAUAUUACUUUAAGUGCAAAUUUAAAUCCACCUACAAUUUUGGGACAAAUUUCUGUGAGACCCUGAGUUGGCUGUUGGGUUGCUGGCCAUGCAUAUUAACAUCUUUUGUGCCAAGUGUGGUUGAAGGUCAGGACUUUGGGGUUGGGGUGGGGGGAAGCUAGGAGUUUAGGACAGAAUGGCUUCGCACAGAUUUGGGGGACUUCCGGGUACUUUGGAAAGGGAUGGCUUCACUUCUAGUCUCUAACCUUUUAAACACAAUCCUAGGUCUCACCGACCACCCUAAAAAAACUAGACCCCCCCUCAUUUCAUUCAAGAAAUUCAAGGGGUGCAUGUUUCCGAGUGUGCUACAUUCCUCUGCUGCAGAAAAUAAGGCACCGUUGGGUAGAUGGAGAACUGCGAUGAAGAGUGGCCAGAGGGCCAACACUCCCUUCAGGCCCCAGGUGGGGUCCGGGCUGCCACCGGAACUGUGGAAGAGUGUGCCACUCUCUACUCGGACACGGAGGACGACCCAUCGCUCCUAACAGACCAUGGGCUGGGUGCCCGGGCCCCUUUCCACUGCUCCGAGUGCGACAAGAGCUUCCGUUACCGCUCGGACCUGCGCCGCCAUUUUGCCCGGCACACCGAGCUCAAGCCUUUCCAGUGCCCUCACUGCGUCAAGAGCUUCAAGCAUUCCUUUAACCUGGUGAACCACAUCCGGAGCCACACCGGGGAGCGCCCCUACCGCUGCACCAUGUGCCCCAAAGGCUUCCGAGACUCCACGGGGCUCCUCCACCACCAGGUGGUGCACACAGGGGAGAAACCCUACUGCUGCCACGUCUGCGAGCUCCGCUUCUCCUCCCGCAGCAGCUUGGGGCGCCACCUCAAGCGGCAGCACCGCGCUUCUCCCGCCGCCGCGGCCCCUCAGACGCCCGCCCCCCGCUGCCUGGCCUGUGGGAAAGAGCAAAGUCCCCUGGGGCACCUCUGCAGCGCCGGGCGAGGCCGGGCCGCGCCCUUUGGCUGCGGGGCCUGUGGGCGCCAUUUCCAGUUGGCAUCCGAACUGCGCCGCCAUUGGCUCGCCCACACUGACAUCAAGCCCUUCAAGUGCCCCGACUGUGAGCGGGACUUCAACGCUGCAGCGCUGUUGGAGCGCCACAAGCUCACGCAUGCCAAGGAGAGGCCCCCGCCCUGCCCAGUGUGCUCUGGGAAGGUUCCACCAAGCGAUGGGAUGCUGGAAUUGCGGGGCCUGGAAGAAGAGCCGAGAGAUGGGGGGCCAGAGGCCCAGCAGCACAGCAGGGGCUGCCCCACCUGCCACCCUCCGGACAUGCGGCCCCCUGAAACGCUGUACCAGUGUGAAUGCGGGACCUUUUUUGCCAAUGGCAACACCUUGGCGGCUCACUUGACUGCUCACGGCAGCGAGCCCUCCUUCAGCUGCGGGAUAUGUGGCCAGCCCUUUGUGAACUUGCAGACACUGGAGGAGCACCAGUUGAGCCAUGCCGUGGCUGCUUCUCCGAUGUCAGGCCCCGGCAGUGAGCUGGAACGCCACCUGUUGCCGCAGCUGGACCUCCGCGCGUUCCCCGCCCGGCCCAGCAAGAAACUCUACAAAUGCAGCGAGUGCGAAAAGUACUUCCGCAGCCCGCGGGACCUGGACCGCCACGUCUUGGUGCACACUGGCGAGAAGCCCUACCAGUGCACCGAGUGCGGCAAGUUCUUCCGGCACGAGUGCUACCUGAAACGGCACCGGUUGCUGCACAGUGGCGAGCGCCCUUUCAAGUGCACUGUCUGCCACAAAGGGUUCAUCACCUUGAGCAACCUGUCCCGCCAUCUCAAGCUGCACCGUGGAAUUGACUAGACGGGGAGUCCCCUUCUCAGAAUAAGCACCCUCCCAACGCUGCUUUCCUCUACCUCCAUCCUGCCAGAGACGAUCUGGUUUCGGAGGUGUCACUCUGCCCGAUGCGUCUAGAACUUUGAUUUCCCUGUCCUCCUUGUAGGGCAGGAAUUUACAAUUGUGAGCUGAUAGAAAAGUAUUAUUGUUGUUGUUAUUAUUAUUAUUAUUAUUUUACUAAUGUUCCACUACUGUUGGUAGAGUACAUUGCACUUGCUUGACCGUUAUAACGUCUUCAGUGGGUUGGGGGUAGGAUACCUGGCUAGUUGUACCUAGAAAGGUAAAUGAACAUUUUGUGAUCCAGACCCCUAAUAUUCCCAGGCAUAAUCAAGACGUGCCAGGAAAUGCAGCUCUUGGGCCAAGGCUUCCCCUCCCCCCGGAGAUACUUAUGUCCAAGUGAGCUUGACCAAGCUGAGAUGACAUUGCCUCACUUAGCUGUAGUGCUCUGUGGUUCCCAGGAAUGUAAAGGAGGGACUGCCUAGUUGUCAUGGGAGAGGUGCACUCAGACAUUCUACCAAGAUGCAGAUUUAUUGACUUGCUGCAGGGCAGGACGUCUUACCUUUUGGAUGAACAGACAGCCUUGUUGGGCAAUAGAGUGUGCAGGAACCUUGCAUCAUACUGUUGUAUGACUUGGUUGGUUCCCUUUCCCUCUGAUCUCUCUGCCCCUGGAGAAGAGUCGCCAGUUAGGGGACGUUUCUGCCUUUGCCUUUCAAGUUGGAAGGCAUGUUGUCCUUGCCAAAGCCAAUGGGCUUAAAUUCCAGAACUGCAGCUCACCAAAGAAGUUUAGGCAUUGUAUUUCUAUAUGGCAUGGAGGUGAUGGUGGAUUAAGACCAGAGAGUUCUCAGCAACCUCACAAAACUAUGGUUUCCAAGUCUUCCUUGGAGGGAAGUGUGGGGAAAGUAUAAUCAAACCAUUAAAAAUCAAUUUAAGCUUGAAGGAGAACUGCACCUGUUGUAUUUUAUAGGGAUGCCCAGAAAGGUUUUAGUUUAUUUAGGAAAGCUCAGUAUUAUCAUUAGUAUCCCUGAUAUUUCUGACUUCAUUUGCUAAAAAACAACCCAACCCAAACAAACAAGAAUCAUGUCCUUAAAUACCUUGCUUGAAAAUGGCAAAGUUUCACAACAAAACAGGUUCUUCUACUUGCCCUUUUGUUUUCUUAGCAUUGGUUCAAAAACUGCCACUUUUAUUUCCAGAAUUUUUCUUUGCAAUCAUGAGGACUAUGGAUUUAAUUUUUUUAAAGAUGUCCAUAUUAUCAUGUUUGGCUCAGCAUUGGAUAGAACAAAAUUGUCUUGAAGGCAAUGUGCUGCUUGCAGGUGGUAGAGCAGUAGCCACCUCUGAGAUGAACUGAAGGCUUGUGUGCUUGCAUGACUUUAUCUGUAGCCUCAGACCAUAAAACCAAGCAUUCUUUAUUAUAGUGGAGCCAGCAGGUUUCUUCUUAGACCCGCUCAUUUUUUGACCACCCCUUUCUUCUGCCCUCAUGAUGCUAUACCAUUUCCCCUGGUUUUAAUUUGCCAGCCGUUAAGUGUGGUUUAUUUCUAGCAAAUGUUCUUUUCUGAAAACUGGUUGAAUGCUUAAAAGGGAUGCAUCUGCUUUCAUGGAAAGGUUCAGCCCUCAGAAAGAGUUUGAUCUUCAGGAGAAGGCAACAUUUCACGAAAUAUUUCCGCAAACAUGAUUUGGAUUUCAUAAAAAAUAUUUUGGGGAGCUGGAGAAAUGUACCCUUAUGUUUGACUUAUACGGGGGCUGGAGGGAGGAGGCUCAGGAGUUGGCCUAGGCUUGUGUGUCUUUGUGUUUAAAUGUGGUCUUCAAGAAUGAUGCGUUUGAUAGAUCCUGGGAGCCCAGAACCUGCAUUGACUUUGCCCAUAGUCAAAUAAGCUACUGGAGAACACACUGGAGAGGAAAAACCCUCUUUCAUAAGCCGAAAAAAGUAAGAUGAGAGCUAGGGUUGUCAGUUUUCCUAUUUUAUUUUAUUUUUUAAUCCAAAGUCCUGUUGCCCUCGCUCCAUUCUUCUUUGCCUGCUUGUGCCCAUUCUAGUGCCCUCCUGGCAGGACAGAUUGGUUCCUAUGUGCCGUGUUAAGUCAGAUUCCAGUGCCGAGAGCAGUAUCUGCCCUCUCCCCUGUGGAAUUAUUUACUGGCAAGUAUUUGAGUCUUAUUUUCUCUCUCUCUCUCUCUCUCUCUCUCUCUCUCUCUCUCUCUCUCUCAGCCCUUGGUAGGUCCUUGAAAAUAGCCUAAUAAAACCCUGCUCAUGACCAAAUUCCAGUUCCUUAUCUUCUGUGGAAUGUAAGCCUUCUAACUGGGCAUUUCUCCGGUGUGCGUGUCUGCAUAUCUUUCCAUGCCUGUAUGUUUUGGAGAGUAAGGUUAUCCUAAGGUUCAUGGGUGUCGGGGGGCAGGCAGAGCUGGGCACCUGCCAACGGCCGCCUGCCCCAGGGGGCCCAGUGUCACUCUUGUGCCUCCUGGCCCUUUUGCUCUUCCUGCUUGCAAUUGCCACCUGACCUGUCCUCUCCAAGCAUACAAGCAAUGACAAGAGCAAGGAGACAGAGCAGCUUUCUCUAGGAACAUGACCUUCUCUUCCCACUCCUGCCACCCCAUCAAAGAGGCAUGUGGGUGGGCAGCAAUGCCUUGGAAAGAGGAGGGGGCCCCUUCAAAGGCAUUUUGCCCAAGGGUCUUUCAUCCAGAACCUGGAUUGAACACUGGGGACAGGUGUCAAGGAUCUGGCCGUUUUUAGGCUUGUUCAAAUUUUUGUAUUGAAUCGGUCUGCAAAGCAGAUCUAAAACCUACACUGAAUUGGAGCCAGGAGUUGGACUAGAUGCCCCUUGGGAUCCCUUCCAGCCUUACAAUUCUAUGGAAGCCCUCCUUGCUCCAAACCCCUGACUGAAGCUGCCUCGCACUGACUUCCUCCGUCGCUCCCCUAUAGAUCUAUUCUACAGUUUUAUAGUUAGGAAAAACCAAAACUUCGCUUGUGCGUUUGCACUGCUGGCCUGCAACUUGAUUGUAGCACCGGAGUUGCAGGCAGACACCGCGCGCAGGUAGACGCGCGCGUUAUUACACCGAGGAGGAAGCGUGUGUACACUCAGCGACCAUCGCGAUUAUGCUGUCCUGUUUGGACGCCAACAAACGCUGAAGGCACG